CUCGUUGCGCCAGCGCAGCAGGCGCGCAGCGCCAUGGCCGGCCACCUGGACGUCGACUCAAUCAUCGAGCGGCUCAUGGCCGUCAAGAGCGCACGGCCGGGCACCUGCGUGCCCAUCGCUGAUAAGGAGGCGGCAGCGCUCGUCGCGGCGGCGGAGGAGGUCGUCUCUGGCCAGCCGGCGCUGCUUGAGCUGGAGGCGCCGAUGCAGAUCGUGGGCGACAUCCAUGGGCAGUACUCGGACCUGCUUCGGCUGCUCGACUUCAGCGGCCUCCCCACCGGACCAAAGGGGCCGCGCUACGUCUUCCUCGGCGACUACGUCGACCGCGGUGCCAACGGGCUCGAGUGCAUGUUCCUGCUGAUGGCGCUCAAAGUCAAGCACCCCGACCAGAUCUGGUUGCUGCGCGGAAACCACGAGCACGCCGCAAUCAACCGCGUGUACGGCUUCCACGACGAGUGCAAGCGCCGCUACUCGGUCAAGCUGUGGAAGCAGUUCCAGGAGCUCUUCAACUGGCUGCCCCUCGCCGCGCUCAUCGACCAGCGCAUCUUUUGCCUCCACGGCGGUCUCUCGCCGAACCUUGUCACGCCGAGCGACAUCUCGGCGCUGAAGCGGCCGCUCGAGGUGCCAGACACGGGCCUGCUCUGCGACUUGCUCUGGUCCGACCCAGACGUCAGCGUGACGGGCUGGGGAGAGAACGACCGCGGUGUCUCGUACACGUUUGGACCCGACCGCGUGCACACCUUCCUCGAGCGGAACGACCUCGACCUGAUCGUGCGCGCGCACCAGGUGGUGGAAGAUGGGUACGAGUUCUUUGGCGACCGGAGCCUCGUCACCGUCUUCUCCGCGCCAAACUAUUGCGGGGACUUUGACAACUCGGGCGCGAUGAUGCGGGUCGACGAGAACUUGGUCUGCUCCUUCCAGGUGCUCAAGCCGGUGGACUCGAAUGGGCAGCGGUGGGGCGGCGGCAGCCGGACGGGCACGCCACCGCGCAGCCGACUAGACCAUCGAAAGGCGUAGCCCGCGCGGCCUGGCCUUUCCUUGCUGUACAGUCCGCGACAGUCGAGUGCGUCCCACCGCCCGCCAUCUACUGUUCCGCAGCCCGCCCCAGCACAGC